GCGCUGUCUUUGGGGGACGCAGAGUGCUAGAUCAGGAGGGAUUUUCUUCUUUUCGGGCUGCGGGAACUAUAGAGGGCAUGUGACGAGGGUGGUCUGGGAAGGCGGUAGCUGGAGUGUUGGUGGUUCCGGAACCUCGCGUAGACCUGGUAGCAGCUUGGGAGGGUCGUGAGGAGAAGGCAGCUGAGGCGGGUGGAGGCUGAACCUUGCGAGGCGAUGUGGGGGCCUAGGGUGUGGGGUGCUGCGGUGGCAGUGGCAGAGAGAGGAGAGAGGCGGGAGCAAGACGAUAUCGUGAGGGCUGGAGGAAUUCUUGCACGAAGCUCCAAGAGAAAAAAGGACGCGGCAUUGCAGGCACCGGAGAGAAAUCCUAGGAAUUGCUUCUUAUGGCCAUUUCUCGGGGUGGGAAGGGUGUGUGGAGAAGAAACAUAUUUACUGGCGGUCAGAUCCUUCAAACUCUUUAUAGCUAUACAUUAUGUAAUCCUUGGCUAUUAUUUACCCAAACAACUAGAUUGUCGCCCUUGGAAGAGGAGGUCUUGCAACCUAUUGAUGUGUCAGAAUAGUUUUUUUCGUUGCUUUGAGUGCUUUCUACCUCGGCGUUAUCGAAGAAGCAUGAAGGAUAGUGAGGAAAAGCUUAUCCCAAAUACGGACUUGGGUUGAGAGAUACGUUAGUUUGAGACGAGCAGCCAGGUUCAUGUUUUGCAGUUCAUGAAUUUGUUUUGAGGGUCAAGACUGAUGAUAAAUAAUUUUUUUUUAUCUUCAGGAAAGUGGAGAGCUUCAAAAAUCUAUAGUAGAAGUUAUUCAAGAUGUUACCAUUGGAGGAAACUGGACCAAGGGUACCUGAGACCUCCUGGCACAUAUUUUGGGAACUUCCUGCAUGGUGAACAUGUAAAUCUCCUGUGUUUCAGGGCCACCUCUGUAUCAGCGUAAUGCCAGCAUCUCAUAUGGAACCAUAUUGGCAAGGGAAGAACAGGCUGGAGAGUGCAUACUGGCAUUUAAAUGCUUCCACAGGAAUCAUUUCCGCUCGUUGGUCAAAGCAAGUCAAGAGGUCACAUCUGACUUAAAGAAGAGCUGGAGAAUAUUUAAGUCUCAACAAAUGAAUUCCACACUUGAAUUCUGCCGCAUUCCUGUGCCACCUCCUCCUUUAGAAAACUGAUCUUAGAACAGAGGGAUAAAAGAGAAAUAGAGGGUAGAAGAAGAUGCUGGGAUCUGAACGUGGUGUUGUGGAAGAAUGGUUAUCAGAAUUCAAGGCAUUACCUGACACUCAGAUCACCAAUUAUGCAGCAACUUUACACCGGAAAAAAUCACUGGUACCAGCCCUCUAUAAAGUUAUUCAAGAUUCGAAUAAUGAGCUUCUGGAGCCUGUCUGCCACCAGCUGUUUGAGCUCUAUCGUAGCUCUGAAGUUCGACUUAAGAGGUUCACACUGCAGUUCUUGCCAGAAUUGAUGUGGGUUUAUUUACGGCUUACAGUUAGCCGAGACAGACAGAGUAAUGGUUGCAUUGAAGCACUUCUGUUAGGAAUUUACAAUUUGGAAAUUGCUGAUAAAGAUGGAAACAAUAAAGUUCUAUCUUUUACUAUCCCUUCCUUAUCCAAGCCCUCAAUAUACCAUGAGCCCUCAACAAUUGGAUCCAUGGCUUUGACAGAAGGGGCAUUGUGUCAGCAUGAUCUCAUCAGGGUUGUUUAUAGUGAUCUUCAUCCUCAAAGGGAAACAUUCACUGCACAAAACCGGUUUGAAGUCCUGAGUUUUCUCAUGUUAUGUUAUAAUUCUGCUAUUGUGUAUAUGCCUGCUUCAUCUUACCAGUCUCUUUGUCGGAUGGGUUCCAGGGUUUGUGUGAGUGGGUUUCCACGGCAACAUGAAAAACACUGGAAAGAACUCUGUGGUCGGAUAGUAUUGGAUCCUGAAUUCAUGGUGCAACUUCUCACAGGGGUUUAUUAUGCCAUGUAUAAUGGGCAGUGGGACCUUGGCCAAGAAGUCCUUGAUGACAUCAUUUAUAGAGCUCAGCUAGAACUCUUUUCUCAACCACUAUUGGUUGCCAGUGCCAUGAAAAACUCAUUACCAUUUGAUGCUCCUGAUUCUUCACAAGAAGGCCAGAAAGUACUUAAAGUGGAAGUCACUCCAACAGUGCCGAGGAUUUCUCGGACGGCGAUUACAACAGCUUCAAUCCGUCGUCAUAGAUGGAGGAGAGAAGAUGGCUUUGACUUCUCAAACGAGGCUGACUCGAGUAUUCCUGGCUCCCCGAUCCAACACGGCUCCACUGACCUAGGGAUCAAACGUGUUCAAGAGGGGGAGGUGCUGGUGCGCAGGACCCCUGAGCACGGCUCACCGGAGCCCAACUCAGCAGCAGCCACAACAGAGGGUGCUGAGGGUGUAAAUGGAGAAGAGUCGGUAAACCUAAAUGAUGCAGAUGAAGGAUUUUCAUCAGGGGCUUCCCUCAGCAGUCAGCCAAUUGGGACCAAACCAUCCUCCUCUUCUCAGAGGGGAAGCUUAAGGAAAGUAGCAACUGGGCGUUCAGCUAAGGAUAAAGAAACAGCCUCUGUCAUCAAAUCCAUUGAGAGCCCUCGAGAUUCAGUCAUUCGCAGGCAGUAUGUACAGCAACCAACUGAUCUUAGUGUAGAUUCAAUUGAGCUGACACCGAUGAAGAAACACCUGAGCCUGCCUGCUGGCCAGGUGGUGCCAAAAACCAAUAGUAUAAGUCUAAUCCGGACAGCCAGUGCUUCCUCAAGCAAAUCAUUUGACUAUGUAAAUGGCAGUCAAGCAAGUACCAGCAUUGGGGUUGGCACUGAGGGAGUUACUAAUUUAGCAGCUAACAAUGUUAAUCGUUACUCAACUAUCAGUCUACAGGAAGACCGGCUAGGUCAAGCUGGAGAAGGUAAAGAGCUCCUCAGCCCAGGAGCUCCCUUAACCAAGCAGUCUCGAUCCCCAAGUUUCAAUAUGCAGCUAAUAUCCCAGGUGUAGUUCUGACAUCCUCUCUCAUCUUUCUGCUUACCCUUUAAACUGAACAUUUCAUUGUAUAAGAAGACACUUCAUCCCACAUUGUGAAAAUAUUGGUCAUCGUAAUCAGAUUUGAUUUAGUUUAGGUAUCUUCAUACUGUAUUUUGUAUGGAAACAGCAAUAAGGUUUUCUUUUUCCUCCUUCCUAGAUCUUCUCUUCACCUUAUUCCUUGUAAAUGUGUUUGUGAAGCAGUAUAAAAUGUAUGCAUUUUCCAUGCCUUCCUUUCUCCUUGGGUGAUGUGCAAUCCAUCGUAGGCUGAUCGGUCCCAUUUCAACACUGUGAGACUGAGGAUAUGUUAGAGGAAAUGGUGUAUAUGAUCCCUAUGAAAUGAUUCUUUGGUUUUUGUUUAAAAAAAAAAAACGGGUUUGUUCUCAUAAUCUAUAGAACUAUGGAGAUUACUGGAUCAUAUUUUUUUCUCUUUUAACCAGGAGUGCCUCAGAGAUUCUGCUAUGACUUUGGACUUCUCUGAGUCUGUGCAAUCAUUUUCUUGAGAAGCAUGGGGGAAGGUGGUGGACUGCUGCACUUUUCCAUUAAAAUGUGCGUGGUUCUUUUUCCCCCCAUCUCCUUUAUUUCGAGGACACAAAUGUUCAGUUACUGAGGCAUUUAAAUCAAGUUCUGGCCCCCUCCUUUGGAGGGCAGGGCUCAAAGUUGUUUGUGUAAUUGAUAAUGCACUUUCUCGAUGGCUCUACAGUCAUUAUUAACAUGUCUUCCCUCCUCCCCACAAGGACAUAGGUCAUUUCUGUCCUUAAAGUUUGAACAACUAACAAAUCAGAGAAUCCAAGGGGCAUGUUCUAUUUCCCAGGAAUGAUUGACACUUUGGUGCUGGGGUUUUGUGGGGGGGGGAGGGGGUGGUUUUUGUUUAGCUUGUGUGGGACUGUGUGUGUGAGGGGAAGUUUUGAUAGGUUUUUUUCUUUUCCUUUGUGAGCUGAUGAUGACUGAAGUAGAACAAGUACGUCUUCAGGUAAAGAGAGGGAUUUCUCAACCCACUUUCUGUGAUGCUAGACUAUUGGAGAAACCCUUUCAGCUGCUUUCUAGAUGUACCUAAAUUCAGUCAGAUAUUUUGGAUUAAGAAACCUGAAGUCCUGAUAGAUCAUAUACUCCAAGGAAAUACAUCAGGGACAGAUAAUUGGCUGAAAACACUGAUGCUUCAACGUGACACAUUUUUAUAGAACAUUUCUACCGGGGGUACUGACUUGAGUUCUCCUACAAGGACCACACUGCCUUUGUGUUUAAUGUAAUGCAAUUUGUGUACCUUCUAAUCAUAUAUCUGCAAAAGUCUCUCAUUUUUAUAAAACUUUGCAAUCAUGCCAGUAAGCUAGAUGUUGAAUGUAUGUGAGUAGCAUUUGGUAACUGCUAAGAGGCUACAAAAAUGCAUUAUUAGUAAAAAAAAUUUUUUUAGUUCUGAUUUGGUUGGGUAAGAUUUCAGUAUAAGUUCUUUUGGGUCUCAGGCUCUAAUGCUUGAUUGAAAAAAAAGAAAAUAUACUAGUUUUUGAAAAUCAUGUAUUGUGACUUGAACUGCUAUGCGUUAUCCUUCCACAAAAUACAUCAGAGAUAUUAGUACUUUGUACAUUUAGACAUUUUUAUUUUAUUAUUGUGAAAGAAAAAUAUACUGAAUUUAUAGAAAGCAAGUAUUCUCCUAAUUAACAAAGUUUAAAAUAUUAUCUCUAUCAUGAUAAUUAAAAUCACAAUAGAUUUUGAUAAAGUAACCAGAAAAAUGCCUCUUGUUUUUUUCCACAUCUGAAAACCUCCCCCCUCCUCCUCUUAUUUUAUUGUAAGAGCAUUUGUUUUGUUUUGGAGGGGAUUUUCUUUAGAAUCUUUAUAAGAACAAUGAGAUGCUUGUUUGAAUUUGGUGGUCUCUAACACUUUUCAGCUCACAGAAAAUGGAAAACUAGAACCUGAACUAGUACAACUAGUACUACUACUACAACAUUGCCAAAGUCUGGGAUAAAAGUAAAAGUUUAUAAAUAGAAAUGUAUUGAGGUGUGUGUGUGUGUGUGUGUGUGGUGUAUAUGUAUAUAUCACAAAGACAUAUGUUAGAUAUCCCUUUUAAUUUAAGGGAUGUCAGAUAAAUGAGUUUGAAAGCAGCCAAAAUAAAUGAGGUCUAGAUAUCUAUUACAUACCAAGGAAAGCAAAGUUUCAGGUAGGAAAAGAAGAGAGCAUUGUUCUUUCCAAGGGAUAAAAUCUUGGCCAUGGCUGGAGGUCAUUCACUUUAUGGCAGAAAUGCCUGGUUCAUUUAGGAGGCUGGCAGGUUGUUUUGAAUUCAACAAGUUGUGUGUUUAUUGGCAUCUAAAUCUAGCAUGAUUUAGUUAAAGCACACACACACACACAAAACCCCCCAAAACAAAUAAUACCAAAUUACAGCAAAAGCUGUAAUAAAUAUAAUAAAUGUCCCUUUUGUUUUGUUAAAAAUCUUAAACUUGAAACGUUGGUUUUGGAAAACUUUCAACUUAGAGGAUUUCAUUUAUCUGUGUGUAUAUACAUACAUAUUCUGUAUGUAUACAUACCCAUUAAUGUUUCAUAACCCUGUGACAUUUUGUUCUUUUAAGUUAUGUGAUUUGGCCUUAAUGAAGAAACAUUUCAUUUAGCUCAAACUGUGCAUUCAGGGUCUUAGAACAGAUUUCCUGUGCAAGAUAUAAUUAAAAUUUAGUUUAAUAAACCAUAAGUCAAAUUUUCUAAGAGAUUUUUUUAUAUUUAUUUGCAUUAUUGUCAUUUAAUUCAAAAUAGUUUUCAGAUAUACAACAGCUGUUACAAAUAUAUACCAGCAAUAUUCAUACUUUAUUCUUUAACAAUCUGUUGUUUUAUACUUAUUACCUUUCAUAAGAAAAGGUCUUUCCCUCUAUGGAAAAGCUCAUUACAGAGAAAAUACUUGUUUUCUAUAAUAAAUCAAUUGGAUUGAUGCCAGGUUGGAUUAAGGAAUACAAAGAAAUAUCUGAAGCUUUUGGUAACUCUUCUCUAUUAUAUUAAUUUUAAAUUAUGUUACUAGAAAUCAACCUAAAAUGUAAAGUGUGAAAAGCUAACUUAGAAGUAAGAUUUUUAAAUAUAAAAAUAUUUUGAGAACCUGGAGGGAGAAGUGUAUAAUUUAAAAUCCUGACCCCUGCCACCACUCUUAUUCUCCCAGUUACUCUUCUGUGCCUGUUUAUUAUAGAGUCGGAAUUUUUGUGCUAGAUGAGACCCUAUAAAUAAUCUAGCUAGUCACCCAGUGCCCCCUCCCCAAAUAUCUAUCCUCAGGAAACUGAGGCUUAAAAGGUUGUGACAUGAUCGAAGUCACAUAACUAAGAAGCAGAGCCAGAAUAUAACUCCUGUCUCCCGUCAAAUGCAUAUUAACACCCCACUGCCUCCCUGUACUCAUACUAUGGUAAAUGUGGUACGUAACACUCUCCAUUUCUGCAGUUUCUUUACAGUUCUGGUCUAGUAGUUGGUGAAUACAGCACAUUAAGAAAAGUACUUAAUCCAGAAAAAAUGUAGAAUAAUAAACAUAGAUGGGGAAGUGUUGGAAAUGUAGGUAUCUAUACCACAGAUGUAAGGAUAGAUACAUUUUUCUUAUUCUAAUUUAUGCCUUACUAUUUUCUGCCACAUAACAGUUGUAUGCUGCCAUUUUGUAGUUGAUUAUAUUUCUGGGGAUUUAUUUAAAUGCAAAAAUAAACCCAAAGAAAUGGCUUUGAUCAGUGUUUCUAGCUAUUUUAAAGUAAUUGAAUCCGCCAGCUUUCACAGUCACCUAGGUAGCAAGUUAAUUGUGUUGCACAAUGGAGUAUUUGCAAAGUAAAGAUUAAAUAAAUUUUAUUCCAUUGAUUUCUAAUGUUGAAAAAAAUUGAACCUUACUUGUGCUUUAGAAUAGAUAGAGAACAAGCAAUAUUUCCUUAUGUGGUUGAUAACGGUUUAUAGUGUGAAGCUUAUGAUUCCAUAAUGGAAUGGUGACCAUUAUGUCAUUUAAAGUGUAUAUACCGUAUAAAAUGUCUUAAAUGCGGUAGUCUCAGCUAUAUAAGCUCAAUAUUUCCAAUGUAUAUUCUCAAAUUCCACUUAGUAGCUUUAAAUUAAUUGUAACUAUUUAUUAGACACUGGAAUACUGAGAAUAACUUCUUUCAGAUUUUUUUUUUGCACUAUUUUUGUGAGUAUUUUAAUGAAGUGGGGUGUUUCUGCUACCUCACUUUGUGAGGUUUGUAUGGGUCCAUUUUUGAGUACUUUAGUUGACAAUCAGUUGUCUCAUUUAAUUCUCUGCAUGUUCAUUUGUAAAUUUAAAAAAUUAGUAUUUGUUGUUAGGGAGUAGUAUACUAUUUAUAUAAACACUGGCAAGGAGGAGCUCUCCAUUUCUGAUAUUGGAUUACAAAGUAAGUUUUUGUUUUAAUCAGUAUUUCAGUUAUGUAUUUGUUUUUCAGGUUAAAAAUGUUUAGUAGGUCAUACCAGUGGUCAGAAAAUCUAAGAAUUUUAGAGCAACUUUUCUAUACUAUGGCUGUAUUAAAGUCUGAAUAUGAAACUUUUUAUCUUUGAAGUUGAAUGAUUAUUGUCAUGUUUCAAACCACUAAGUUGGUUGAGACACUUAUUUGUAAUACUUUAAUUUUUUUAAAGUGCUUUCUAGAAACAAGUUAUUUGAAAACCUACUAGAAAUUGGUAAGUUAAACUCUCAAAAAUUAGAAUAUUUGCCAGAUUAUAAGAUGGAAUGCAGUGUAAAAUUGUUAACAGUGCUAAUAAAAUCAUGAGUCCCCAGAUUGGUACAAUUUUCCAUUUCCAGGGUGGUCAUGUUGAUACUAUAAGGCAUAGAUUUUAGUAUUAACCUGCAUUGUGUACCUAAUGGGUAUAUCAUAUUGGCACUGAAUAGACAUAGGAUAGUAAUAUUCAUAAUGUCAACCAAUGUGCACUUAAACUAUAUUAGAUUUUUGGCAGUGCCAGAAAUUUGUAUGGUGAUCCUGCCAUUAGAAUUAGAGGAGUCCUCAUCACCCAACCUUCCCCUACCCGUAUAGGCACAUUGCUUCUAAGCCUGUACACACAACUACAGACUUUUGGAAACUUCAUUCGCUUCAGUAUUUCUUAACCACUAGUCACAUGAGAAAUAUACACAAGAGCAAACAGAAGUUAGCAGAAAGCUGGGAAUGAUGUGAAAUAACUGGCAGCAUAGUACAGAAAUGUAGGUUCUAUGUUUUACUUUGGAUCUUGAGAAAAUGUUUACAAUUUAAGGCACAUUCAUAUGUCUGCUAUUAUGCUAUUAGACUUAAAGAUUUUACAAAAAAAAUAGAAUUAAGUGUAGCUUACAGUAUAUAUGAGGUUUUUUUUAUAAUUGUGUAUCUGGAGGUAGGUUCAAUAAGGAAAUUCUUUUAUUUUCAAAGAGAAAUGAAUUUAAUUGGACAAUCCAUCCCCAACUACAGAAUUGAUAUCAAACUGGUUUGCUGUAUUUGAGUGUCAACAGCUCAGUGUUAAUUGUGUCAGAGGAAAUUCUUUACAACUUUGUUGAUUAUAAAAUUUACCAAAGAAAAUGUCUCAACCAAAUAGAAUUUUUAAAGUACCUAACUGCAAAGGAAUGAGGUCCCUUUACCAUAAAGGAUUGCUUCCUAGCCCUGGGGGAAAUAAAUACUAUAAGAUUCUUUGAUCUGCAACAUAGGUAUACAGUUCCUACAAGAUUCCGUUUGAGGUUUUCUUAUGUCAACAUUUUACACCUCCAACAAAAGUACCAGUUAAGAAGGCCAAAUAUUCCUUACGGCACAUUUUCAUGUCUCCUUAACUCAAAUUAAGGAUUCUACUCGUCAGUAUUGAAUAAAAAAGAGGGGAAACUCCUAAAAUUGGUAUAUUGUAUGAUAUCAUGGAUUUUUAAAAAAUAAAAUUGAGGGGGGAGUUAUGGAAAUGCACCUUUUAAGUAAUUGCAGUUAUUUCCAGUAAGUAUGAUACUGGCUAAAAUGGUAUGUGUUAAUAUAAUUUAUGUACAUGAUUACUCUGGGUAUUUUUUUUCUUUGCAGAAAACAGCUAAAAUACUCAUUUUUUAAAUGUAUAGACCAAUAAAAUAUAAUGGAUUUACUUUAAGUAACGAUUUCUUUGGGAAAACACAAAAUGUAUAUUAACUAAUGUUGCAAACAGGUUUUGUGUAUUUUUUUUCAUAUCAGGUGGUAGUUAAAAGGUAAUGAAUGUAUUGAUCAGCUAUCUUGGAAAGAGAAGAUUGGCUAACAAUUACUAAUGUAAGUUUUGGAUUUUUUUUUUAAGUUUUAUCAUCCAGACUGAAUUGAGAGAUAAGCUCAAUGCUCCAUGUGUUGUUUAAAAAUAUUUGUGGGGUGCCUGGCUGGCUCGGUCCUUAGAGCAUGCGACUUUUGUAUGUUGUAAGUUCGAACCCCAUGUUGGGUGUACUUAAAAUCUAUUAAAAAAUGAAUAAAUAUUUGUAAUAAGUUCAACUACUUUACAGUGAAUCUUUUUGAUUCUCAUUCUAAAAAUUAUGCUGACUUUAUAUUCAUUGUAACUGGUUAAGAGAAAUCUUUUUUUUGGUGCAAAGAUUAUUUUCCCACUAUUUUUCUCAUAAUCAUUUGGCUCUUCUUAGUUACAAUUUCUGAAGGGUUUUUGUUAUAGCAAUAUAUAGUCUGAUCUCUGUCACAAGUAAACAGGAGAUAGCCCACUUUCACAUGUUUGCUUCAUAAAAGGAUAUGGAAUGUAUAGAUCAGCUCUUUUUUUAGACCAUCAUCCUGUAGCUUGGUAUAAAUUUCCCAAGUAUUCAGAGAAUCGUGCUGGUGAAAAUUUAAAUAGGACAGGCCUGAAGAAAAUAUGAUUCCUAUUGACUAAUGUCCUUUCAACCUAGGACUAGUGAAAACUUUGAUUUUUUCAGAGCUGAAGAAAAAAAACGCACAUUUAAGAUCAUAUUUAUUGGUGCAUGUAAGCCAUUAUCUUAACUGUCUUACUGAAUUGGUUAAUGCUGUUGAUUGUUGAAAUGUGAAACGUAGUCACUGUUGACCUUGUAAAUAUCUGCCAGGGAUGAAAAACUAUUUUAAUUUAUUGUAAGUAAAGAUGUAUAAAAUUCAUUAUCAGUCUGCAAUGCAGAAACAUAUCUAAGAUGUUAAAUAUUGUGUUUCUUGAGAGAUGUGUAAUUUUCCCCUAGAUGUAUCUAGUUACAUUAAGAAUGUAAAUUUUCUUUUGUACAGUAUAAAAAUACAGCUUUAUUUGGCUUUUGA